AUGGCUCCGGGCGGGGAAGGGGAAGGAAAGGGAGGAAGGAAGGUGAGGAGCCCGAAGGCCCAGGCGGAGGAAGAGACCCGGAGGAGGCCUGGGCAGAGAGGCCUGGGAGGUGGAGCGGGCUGGGGGCGAGGGGGAAGCGGCUCGUGCCUCGUCCGGGAGAAAGGAAACGCAGGGAAAGGGGGAUCGGGGAGGUGGAAGCUCUGCGCCGCUGGAGGCGAAGGGCCGAGCAGCGGCUGGGGUGGGGCUGGCCAGACGCGGCGCGCAGGGCCCCCGAGUCUCCCUCAGCGGCGGGGUGUGCAGGGCAUCCUUCCCGCCUCUCUCAGGCCUGCGGCGGGCCCGGCCAGGCGGGUGACGAAGAGCAGCGGCGGCUGGCACGGCCAGGCGGCCCGAGAAGGCGGCGAGUGGGGCCGGCUCGGCUCGGGGCGGGACGGAGAGGCAGAAGCGCCGGGCGCCGCGUCCUCCUCCCGCGGGUUCCUCCCCUCGCGAGCCGAGCUCCAAAAUGGCGGCUGCGCCGGGCCGCGCGAACGCUCCGAGACACCGCCCCGCGCACGCGCCAUGGCGGCGGCGGCAGCGCGGGGCCGCGCCCGCCUCAGGGGCCGGGCGGAGGCUGGCGGCGGGGCAGGCCCGGGGGUUCGUGCCCCGGUGCCCCUCCCUGGAGUCCGGGGGAGCGGGAGAGCCGCCCCUUCCCCAUUUCUCCGCGCGAGUCACUCUGGCCGUCCCCGGCGCACCCCCGCCCUGUUCCCAGAUAACGGGGUCAAAGCCCGGCGUGGCCCAGGCGGGAGGGACGAUGGUGUGGCAGCCGCCGAAGAGGAAGGAAGCCCCGGAAAGGACUCAGCAGGGCCCGGGGGCAGCGCUUGGCACACGGGCUGGCAACGUGAAAUGAAGCAGCGCUUGAAAGAAAAAAAAAUCCAGUUCAAAUGAAAAAUAGGUUUGAGAUGUCUGUCUUGAAGCGCUUAACUGGACUGUUGUGCAGUGUUAUUGCAGCUUUGCUGUCUUUAUUUCAUGCUCUUUUCCAAAAGUUCAGUCAUUACUCAGUCAUUUUUUUGCUCUUUGUUCCUCAUCCUGCGUUGGCAGCCAGUGCCAGCUGAGGUGUCUGGAUGGAACAUAUGGGCUCUGUCUCUGCAGGCAUUUAGCAGAGUUCAAAUCAUCUAAAAUGGAAGACUUCUCCAGUGUCGUGUUUUAGACAAAACCAUCCAGGAAAAGUCUCAUCAUCAAGAUGAAAGGAUCUUAAAGCAGUCCCUAAAUCCAUGGGCAGGUAUCAUUUUACCAGCUGCUGACAUCCAGCCAUCUCCUGGGUGGAAAACAACAGCUGUUAGUCAUGUACAGCAGAACAGUGACCUAGAGAUGAAUAAUUGUAUCUGAAAAGUCACAUUUGUGCAAAAAAAUCUCAUCCAUUACUAGGAAAUCUUACUUGGUAGCUAUAGCUCUGAUCCAUUCCUCCUGGUUUAAGUGUUUGUGUGUGCCAAUAAGAGUCAGUUUUAAACACCUGUAGACAGGCUACAAUACAAAAUGAAGGUUAUGAUGUUUUCUUGUGUGAUUUGAACAGAUCUGACUUGCUUUCUGUUUGACCAUGGCCAAAAUACAGAUUAAAAGAUAGCAACUGGACUUGCAAUAAUAUGCUAAAUAAUGUUUAAAAAUAAUAACAAAAACUGUAAGUUAGCAGCAGAUUUAAUUGCUCAUAGUCUGUAAAAAGGAAAUAAAAAAUCCUGUUGCUUC